AUGGAGGGCAGUCUACUCAUUCCCCCAGAUCGGGGUGCUAUUCUUGGACGAGCCGUUUGGAAGACACGAUAUGUUGUCAUUGGUCCAUUGCCGCAGAAGGACGGACACCCAUCGAACCUCUCCCUCUCCCAAGUCUUAGCGAGCGCGAGAAUCAAGGAUGUCGGCGGCUGGGGCUCCAGAUCGCAGCCAAAGCCUCCCACCGACGCCAUCUACCUCUCGGUCUACAAGACAAAGGACGACUCGGAACCCAUUCAACAACACUCGCUGGCCUACGUGACAGGAUGUGAGGUCCAGCGCGUCGCUCACCGCAAGCAGGGACAUGUUCUCCCAACCAUGUCUGUUCAUAUAUCCCCCGAUCCCGCGACCGACAAGCUGCGCAAGCGCCGAUCGAGCCGCACUGCUGGUCUUACUAGUUCGAAGGACUCGGCGCCGACCACCCUGUGGUUCCGCGCCGCUGAUGAUACAGGAUAUAGCUUGGGCGACUGGGCACGCUAUAUACAGUCGCUGAUACAGCCUGAAGUCCCUGGCAGACAGCCCCUGAGUCCCGUCAGUCCUAUCUCGCCGUCCUUCAUCAACCCAUUUUCUUCCUCGCGUUCCGACGCGAACGAGUAUUCCUCGUCCACGUCCAGUGCGAAGAGCAAGAAGAAGUCCAAGUUACAAGCCAAAUCCGCUGGCUACGGUGCGACCCGCGACCCGCAUACCACCACUACAUAUAACUCCGAGUCUCCCAGCAUACGCUCUCUGAGAAGCGACAUGUCGUCGUCUCACGCCAGCUCGAUGAACCCUGCUGCCAUGGGUUUCAUACAGCAACACUACACGACGGUGCAUCCUUCCGAUCUUCCGUCGCCCGCCCCGACCGUUGGGGAAUAUCAAGAGCAAUUCAUAGAAGGUCUACAAUCUAGUUCGCCUCCGGCACCACGGCAGACCAUCUUGGAUAGGGCAUUUCAACUGCAAUAUAUUCCAGGCUCCGACCGAGAAAUCCCAGGAGAGGAAAAGCUCAGCUCCAUCGCAAGAUUCGAGGCAUUGAUGCGAGAGGCGGAAGUCAAGUCAAGUGUUAAUGCUAAGGGAGUCGUCGCGACUAAAGAGCCUAUGCAGAGCACCUGGGAUGAAGAUGAUGAGAGUGACGAUGACGGCGAAUUUGGUAAAGAGGUUGACGACGACGAUGAGGAUGAUAGCGACGAGGACGCAUUCGAGCAAGAUGUCGACGGUGAUGGCAUCGGCCCAUCUGCAUCCAGAGCGCUCCAAUUCAUCGCCAAUCGGCACAGUUCGGGAAGGCCACAUUGGUCACAGAAUGUCAGGACUUCCGUUUAUAGCGAUUCCGGAGGUCUGAGCGGCGGUCCAUCGAUUCUCCGACCACAUACAGCACAUUCGAGGUUACGACCGGGUACCCAGCGGACGACUAGUCAGCCACAAAUACCCAUCUCUUCCUAUGAUGUGCGCUCCGGUAGACCGACAGAUGAAGGUGUCACGCGGCGUUCACAUGAGAAACGCCACUCAACAUCUGACGUGAAGCACUUGAACUUCAACGAGUUCACCAAGCGCUUAAGCAGCUCGAGCAGCUUAUUGCUUGUGCAGACCAACGCAAGUACAGGGAGUAGUCGGGGGAGCAGCGAAAUUGACCCUGCGACUACCCCAAGAGCCGCCUUGAGCCCUCGAGGCACAGGCCUCUCACCAGUUGAACGUGAGGAACGGUGUCGUUGGCGUGGCAGCGUCGGCGUGUUCGGCACCGACGAAGGCGGGUUCUUGUAA